CGAGCGAAAGAAAUCUCUCAAGUCACGCAUGCGCAGACUCUCCCGACACUCGUCUCUCCCCCAGGCGCAUCGCCUCGUAUAUGUUUGUGUGUGUCCCAGUGUGUGUGUGUGUGGUCAAUAAUCAACUGCAAUCCGCUUUUUGCAAUACAUAAUAACAAUUAAUUAAUUUGCGGCGGUAUGCAAAGCGGCGUGAUAAUUGAUUCAGCUAUCGGCUGAGGCUUAAAGCUCAAAUGUGCAAACAAAAAAAUAAAUAAAAGUGCAACAAAAGGUGGCAGAAGCGCUCGCGCGUGUGUGAUGUAACCCCCUCGCCCGUUAAUCGGUUAACAAAGCAAAAUCGUUCGCUCUCCAAAUGACUCCAAAUGUUGCGCCACCACAAGCAGAUACCCAAGAAAAGUAAAACCAAAUGAAGGCUUCCACAUCCAUGGAAGGAACAUGGUGACAACAAUUAAGAUAACCUGCGAUGGGAUCUUCAUUCAAUCCGCAUCGAAUACAGAUCUCAUGCCCACGGCAGCGGCAGCAGCAGGAACAGAAACAGGACCCAGACCAAGGGGAGAAUCAUCAUCACCAAGACUACGAGCAGCUGCUGCUGGAUCCCUUGGAUCGGAUCACAAUCUAAACGAAAGCGACAAUUCGCAGACGAGCAGCGGCAGCCAGAGCGCCUCCAGCCACAGCAGGCGAACCCAUCGAUCGGCAGGCGGAACGGGAGGGCGCCAGGAUCCACGCAGACGUUACUAUUUCGGAAGCAAGGACAUCUACUGGUGCAAGCAGAGCCUGGUGCCUGGCGGGGGCGGACUGACGCGCAGUUCGAGCAGCGUCACCCACAAGGAAUCGAAGUCCACGAACGGCACCCUUUCGGGCGGCCAGGUGAUAGCCAAGGCACGCCGCAAGCCGAUCCUCCUCUGCAGCAGCCUCAGCGCCGCCUAUGCACCGCCGCGCCGCAAGGAGUUUUACUUUUGCGACAAGUAUGCGCCCACGAGCGGCGGAAGAGGCGCAACCGGAACCCACACCAAGAGUACAGCAACAGCCGUGCCCCAAGCUACAGCUGCAGCUGCAGCAACAGCCCCAACGCCCCAGCCCAUCGAUGCCCGUUUGCUGAACUUCCUGCGGAGCGCCCAUCGAAAGUUCCAGGCGGCCAAAAGCAGAACGGAGCACCAGCAGCAGCAGCAGCAGAGCAGCAGCAGCCACACCAAAGAGAGAUCUUCAGAGAGAGCCAGAGGAAGGGGCCAGUCCCAGUCCCAGACGCAGACGCAGACCCAUCGCUCCCUUCCGCCCAUCGUGAGGACCGAUGAUUGGUUCGACGAGGACGAAGCCGUAGAGAAGGAGAACUGCAGAGAGGGAAAGCCGCAUCAGAGGAAAUCCAAGGGGCAGCCAACGAUCCAGCACUCGAGGACGUCGUCUUCCAGCGAGGGCCAGGACCUCAUCACAGUUGAGAUCAAGCAAGGACAUUUGAGGAAGCAUUCAAAGGCCAAAGAUACCGUAGAUACAGCAGCAGCAACAACUGGAACGCCAACGCCACAAGCAGCGUCAACGGCUAUGAACAGUCACGCGACCGCCACACAGAACGGACAAACAACGGUCGUCGGACACCAUCGCGGAUUCUCGCAGCCAUCGGUGACGGUGGCCGCCGCAGCAACGGCCACGGGCAGCACAUCGGGGGAUCCAUGGUUCCUGCAGACAACCGGGCACCAGAUGCCGCCCACAGCACCGCUGCGUCACAACAAGCGGCCGGCGCCACAGCCGAAUGCAGUUGCAGGCGGCGGUACAGCAGGCACGGCCGUCGGCGCUGUGCUGCUCCACCAGCAGCAGCUGAGCCAAUCGCAGCCGCACAUUGUGCCGCCAAGCAUACCGCCCCACCAUCAUCAUCAUCGCGAGAACAAUGUGCAUCCCAGCCAGGCCGGAGCAGCGGUCGCCUUGCAUUUGUCAUCGCAUGCGCUUAAUAGUCAUAAUUUAAUCAGCAGCAGCAGCAACAGCAGCGCCAGCAAUCACCAAUCGCCCAAAUCCCCCAGCCAGACACAGCAGCAGCUCCAGACGACGCAACAGCAACAGCAGCAGCAGCAGCCACAUAGUAUACUUUCCACAUUUGCUCCUGUGGCUGCCACACAACCGCCUGUCCAGCAGCAGCAACAGCAGCCAGCUGGCGCGGGGAUAACCGCCGCAGCCGUGGCCGCUGUUGCCCAGCAACAGCAGCAGCAGCAUCUCCAGCUGCUGGCCAACUGUGCUGCCGCGUCGUCCGGCGGCAAUCUGAUGUCCUCCUCGAUGAAUGCCGCACAGAUGGCGGCACUGCAUGCCGCCGAGCGGGCGCUGCCACCAAAGAGCCUUGCGCUGAGUGGAAGCCAACACGGCAGCAGCAUGCUGCUGCACACUGUGGCACCUGCCGCGGGCACACAAGUACCACCACUGCCAUCAGCUGGUUCGAGUGGCCAGCAGACGGCGGGCAUGUCCACUUCCCUGCACAGCUUCGACAUCAACGGGGCAGGAGCGGGCUGCGGCGGAGUGGGCGUGAAUGUGAAUGCGGCAAGCUCGUGGUCGAGCGGCUCCACCACAGCCAUGAACCAUGCAGCCUCCCUGUCGCCCACAGCGCUGGCACCGCAGCAGCUGCGAAAGUGCGAGGUGAAGCUGAAUGCCAUGCCUUGGUUCCAUGGCAGCAUAACGCGCGACGAGGCGGAGCAUCUGCUGCAGCCGCGCGAGGAUGGCCUCUUUCUGGUGCGCGAGUCCACAAACUUUCCGGGCGACUACACGCUCUGUGUCUGCUUUCAGUCGAAGGUGGAGCACUAUCGCGUCAAGUAUCUGGAGAAUAAGCUAACAAUCGAUGACGAGGAGUACUUUGAGAAUCUGGGACAGCUCGUGGCGCACUAUGAAGCGGAUGCGGAUGGCCUGUGCACACAGCUAAUCAAAUGCCUGCCAAAGCUGGGGAAGCAAGAGUUUUGCAUCAAUUCCAAGGAUUUCGUGGACAAGGGCUGGGUCAUACCCGAAGCGGAGCUCCAGCUGCGCGAGAGCAUUGGCAAGGGCGAGUUCGGGGAUGUGCUGCUGGGCAUUCUGCGCAACGAGAAGGUGGCCGUCAAGAUGCUCAAGGACGAGGGCGCCGUGCAAAAGUUUCUGGCAGAGGCAUCCGUCAUGACCACCCUGGAGCACGAUAACCUGGUGAAGUUUAUCGGCCUGGUGUUCACCAGCAAGCAUCUGUAUCUGGUUACGGAGUACAUGAGCAAGGGAUCACUGGUUGAUUACCUACGUUCGCGCGGACGACAGCACAUAACCAAAAAGGAUCAAAUUAUAUUUGCCUUCGACACUGCCUCUGGCAUGGAGUAUCUGGAAGCCAAAAAGGUUGUGCAUCGCGAUCUGGCUGCACGCAAUGUCCUCAUAUCCGAGGACUGUGUGGCCAAGGUAUCCGAUUUCGGUUUGGCACGCGAGGAAUGCUACAAUCUCGAUGUUGGCAAGCUGCCCAUCAAAUGGACAGCACCCGAGGCGCUCAAGAAUGGGCGCUUCUCCAACAAAUCGGACAUGUGGAGCUUUGGCAUACUGCUAUGGGAAAUCUACUCCUUUGGGCGUGUGCCUUAUCCCAGAAUUCCCCUGGCCGAUGUGGUCAAGCACGUGGAAGUGGGCUACAAAAUGGAGGCGCCCGAGGGCUGUCCACCCGAAAUCUAUGAGAUGAUGCGCCAGGCCUGGGAUCUGAAUCCGGCCAAGCGACCCACAUUCGCGGAGCUGAAAGUGAAGCUGCAGCUGCUGAACAAUGCCACAGCGUGAGGAGAUACAGAUACGCCGUUUCCACACAAAAAAAAGCGAACUACAAGCAGCACUAAAAGCGGUAGGGGCUGCGCACCCGCACCCAGGGAGCACACAGCCCGGGCCCUACGAUCCGGUGGAACACUGGACCCUGGACACUGGACAUGACACUGAACGCAACAAUUUUUCGUACGAUUAUAUACAUAAAUGGAAUAUAUAUAUAUGUGUAUAUAUAUACAUAUAUGUGUAACAACUAAUUUACCACAAAAUUUAUUUACAUAUAUAAUUUAUGGCGUAAGUUUUGUAAGCGUAAACGUAGGCCUAAGCGAAAGAGGAAGUAGAAGAAGAAGGAGAACCCAAACACACACACAAUCAAACAAUCAUCCAGAAUGUUAGUGAGAGUCCCCAGGCCGCAAGCCCCAAGCCCCCCACAGCUUCCGACAUAUACAAUACAACGUUGUACG